UGUAGAGUUUGCAACAUCACUUGUGAAAGAAGAGAUGGCUAACAUGCCUCGUGGAAUAUACCAUUCUGCACUGCGAGGUAAUGCAGUGCGGUCAGACCAUGGAAAAACACUAUCAAGUGUUCCAAACUUUAUGAUAAAAAUGCAUGAGAGGAACAAGCAGCCUGGGCUCAAACCUGGCAUUGCAGCUGGCAUGUUACUGAGUUAUGAUCUUCCAAUUCAUGUGGGCAAAGACGGCAAACCUAUCAGUCGGUUUUUAGCCAGCAGGGGGCGAAACUUCCACCAGGUGUUUAUAGCUCUCAUCCAUGAGGUUAACAUUCAGCCUUCAGAGUGGCAUCAUUCCUUGUUGCUGCCUCAUUCCUGGGCUGGAUUUAUGGAGAGAGCAUACCAUGCAAUUAUACAAGGGAGGCAAGCUGAAUUAGAGAUGCAGUUAAAGCAUGGAAAAGAGGAACUAGAACAAGUGCAAUACAAGCAAUUUACAGCCUGGCUCUGGGUUAGAGAUAUGCUAACUGAUGCAGUCAAAGGAGCUUCCAAAGAAAGCCCAGUAGUUAAAGGGAAUUGUCUUCUAGCAUUAACAGGACUGGCAGUUGCUGUUGCAAAGCAUGAAAAAGAACUUUCUUCGGACAUUGAGGAACAAUUUGAUACUGAGCCAGACUUUCUUCCAACAAAACACUGGCUUUCCAUGGUGAUCGAUACCCUCCUUAGCAUUGUAGACAGUCACUAUUUUCCCAAGGGCCGAAUCUUUCCUUGGUUUUAUCAG